AUGGCCCCUUUAUUACUAUCUAUAUGGCUCUAUGCUAUCUCUGUCUCUGCAUCUUUCAAGUUUUUUGAUGGGCCAACCGGCUUCGGCAGAACUCUCCAUACACCUUCUUCGUCGUGUGCAGCCGCAUUGAAUACCACGAUAAACUGUGAAGAGUUCUUGGUCUUGAAGGCUCACAAGAACGACUACAACUGGGGCAAUGAAACACUCCAAGACCAGCUUUGUAAUCCUAAUUGUGGAACUUCUCUGGCCUCCUAUUCUACUGGUGUAGCUUCCCAAUGUGGGACGACAAAUCUCACUUGGGAAGGACUCCCAAAUACCUAUUACGGGGAUCGUCUAAAGGCAUAUUAUGAUUUGAUCUGCCUGAAAGAUGGUGAUGGUGACUAUUGUGUUCAGCUUCUGAACGACGCUAUUACAGGUUUGAUGAGCGAUGAUGCGAACCUCGGGAAGAAACUUGUGGACUUGCCUAACAGUUUCCUCUGCUCGGAAUGUCAUAUAAAAUAUUUCCGCCAAAUUCAGUCAUCUAUGUAUUCAAACUACGAUGAGAGGCUGGCAGCUAGCUGGAGGGCUAUUCAGACAAAAUGUAGCGUGACUUAUCCGAGUGAUGUCCAAGAAUGGACUCUCGAUCCUCCAAUUCCACCAGACCAGCAACUCCCUCCUGGGUCUACCGCAAACCAAACCUGCGUAUCGGGAAAUUUUCAUACCGUUAUUUCCUCAGAUACCUGUGUUUCGAUUUCUAGCCAAUAUGAUGUCAACACUUAUGCCCUCCAAAUUCUCAAUGGUCUCUUCCUUGACUGCAGUAACCUAAAAGUUGGAGAUUCCCUUUGCCUCCCGGAGCCAUGUGGGGUUCCCUAUCAAGUCCAAGAGGAUGACUACUGUGCCGACAUUGAAGUAUCUCAUGGUCUAUCCCUCGGGGACCUGGUCAACUAUAACCCCGGGCUUAAUGUUGACUGUACCAACCUCUGGGAAGAUUUUACAAUCUGCCUUAACCCCAACGGUGGAGAUUUCACCCCAACUACCAUUGGCGGAACCGUCCCAACUCGGGUAGGAGAGUAUGCCACGGAGACUAUUUCUCCUCCCGGCCCUACUCCAGACGGUAGUACUCCUUAUUGCGGAAAGUGGUAUACUGUUAAGGAGGGUGACUUCUGCGAACUUAUCAGUAUAGCCGAAGGAGUCACAUUAGAUUUGUUCUACAGAAUGAACCCUUUCCUCAACAACCAAACCUGCGAAAAUCUUUGGGUUGACACAAGUUAUUGUGUUUGGCCAAUUGAAGGCUGGGAUAUUGUGGAUAAUGUAGAGCCACUACCCGAAGUAACAUAUACAGAAACAACUAUUACAGCUCCAGCUCCAACUAUCUCUGGAACUACAACUCAAUGUUAUAAAUGGCAUGAGCGAGAGGAAAAUCAGACCUGUGACGAGCUACAGGCAACAUGGGGUGUUACCCUUGAGGAAUUGCGUCUUUGGAACCCCAGUAUUAACUCAGGAUGCUCGAAUCUGCAAACCGGAAAGGCAUACUGCGUUAGAGGGCCACUAGAUGAUCCUAUCCCCUCAAUCACUGGUACCAGCGGACCAACCGGAACUCGUUCUACAACUACAGCAAGAACAUCAUCUCAUACUUCAACAACUACUUCCAGAACCACAACUACCACAGCGGCUGCGACAAGUAGUGGAUUCCCAGCACCUCCAGCGCCUACUGGACCGGGCACAACAAACCAGUGUAAACUUUGGCACGAAACAGAAGCCGGAGAUUCCUGCUGGUCCAUUUACACUGAAUAUGACAUUUCUUUUGCAAAUCUAAGAACUUGGAACCCAGUCCUUGAUUCGGAUUGUACGAACUUAGAACUUGGGAUGGCGUACUGUGUUGAUGGACCUGGCGGGAGAUGCACAGAGAAAUAUACCAUUGGACCUGGAGACUUUUGUUGGAAGAUAUGGGACGACCAUAGCAUUACGGAAGUACAGUUCAGGGCUUGGAAUCCUUCUAUUAAUGAAAACUGUGACGUUUGGGAGGGCUUGGUAGUGUGUGUGGCACAUUCAUAG